GUUUGUAACCUCAAAAACUUUGUUGGCUCAGAAGAGUAUUGAUACUUUUCCUUUAGAAUUUUUUCUUCUAAAACUACAAUGGCAACGUGUAAAAUUAAGGAAGUCAUUCCUUUGAGUCCCGAUACAAAUAAUCCGACAAUCGCUUACUUCGAGCACGGUGAUAUUCUUCCGGAGGGAGCCAAAAGCUUCAAUUGUCGCUAUGCCGAAAAUGUGGACGACAAUUCAAGUUUGGCACUUGCCACAACGGAUACUAACGUUUAUUUCGGGAAAAUAGAUCACGGUUUCGCCACUGACUUGCAACGGACAUUUAUUGCAAUCAGGAAUGAAACAACGAAUAAGAUUCGACUGGUCGAGGUGAAUCAGUGUACCAUGCUGAGCCAGCAUUUCGAUCGCUAUACCUCGUCAACGGGUCAAAUAACUGGCCGCAAUUUACAAGACAUACAUAAGAUGUCGCUGGAUACAUUCGGCAGUAAACGAGCGAAACGGAUGUUUGGUCAGAAGGCGAAAAACAAUUACAAUCCCGAUCUGGAACCGGAAGUGGAAGACGAAUUCGACAAGAAAAGAAUGAUGGGCGAACUGUUGUUGAAAUCGCGACUACUGAAAGUCAACAAAAUUGUGACAAAAAUUAGCGAAAUUUAUCAACUGGAUGGCCUAAUUGACAUGUCACUGCUGAGCCGGAUGGACGAUGAAGCGCUUGCUGUUUUAAAUAUCGAGGACUUUUCGAAAGACUUUAAAAUUCCAUUCAUCGUCGAGGCUCUGGAUGCGAUCAAGAGAUCCAAAGAACCGGAUUCCAGUCACAAUUUGAGAAAGGUAAAAGUUUGCAUCUACCUGGACGCACUGAUCAAUUUCCUGUCUGGCAUCAAGAAGCGCAACAACAUGAAACGGGAGGAUUUUUCGUUCGUAACAACGAAAGUCGAAGGGUCCGGUCACAUCCAUCGUCCGUGUUGAACAUGGUCGCAAUCGAACAAGAGGAAAUCGUCGUUAGUCGUUGCGGUAUUUGGCUGGGAUGCGCACAAUAUUGGAAUGUGAAAUUCUCACAUCGUAACGUGUUAUCACAGGACGGAACGGAAAGAAAUUAGGAAAAAAAAGUUUCUGUUUCAAAACUCACCCGUCAUCACCUGAGGACAGAAAAU